UUGUAAUCAUUACUUGUUAGUAUGCAGCAGAAUAAUAACUGGGGUGUGUGAACCUCGAGGCUCAGUUGUUAAGAGGUCUCUUUGGGAAUCUGUCAACCCUACAACUUCUCCCUUUAAAUGAGCAACCAUAAUUUUUUUUUUCCCACAGACAGAACCAACCAGUUUGUAGCUUUUCUCCUUGAAGGGAAAAGACCCUUACAAUUCUGCUAUAAGAAAUGAAUAGUUUUUAUAUGGGGGUGGUCUGCACAGAUACAGUUCAGCCUUGACAAAAGUCUGCUUCUAAUGCUGAAUAAUAAAAGAGGAAACCUCUGCUUUGCAUUAUUUAGCAAGUUUUCCUUUCUCUUCUCUACCUGACAGGAAGAAGAAAAAGAAGACACCCUCAGCCUGUGAACACUGCGAAGACAAUCUGGACUAGCAGUAUCCACUGUGUUGCUUGCUGCCUGACACCUUCUGCCUGGCAUCUGAAACGAACCUUGCUCAUCAAUCGUUGAUUUUGGACUAGAGCCAGGCAUUCUGGAUUCUGUUGACUUGUGGCUGAAGAGAGAGAUUGGUCUUGCUUGUCAUCACCAACGUAUGAACCAGUGUGAUGGUGAAAUGAGAUGAGGCUCCGAAAUGGAACUGUAGCCACUGUGUUAGCAUUUGUCACCUCGUUCCUCACUCUGUCCUGGUAUACCACAUGGCAAAAUGGGAAAGAAAAACUAAUUGCUUAUCAACAAGAAUUUCUUGCUUUAAAAGAACGCCUUCGAAUAGCUGAACAUAGGAUAUCUCAGCGCUCUUCUGAGUUGAAUGCCAUUGUCCAACAGUUUCGCCGUGCAGGAGCAGCAACUAACGGAAGUAACACUGCAUUGACUACAUUUUCAGAUAAUACCAUAAAGCUACUAAAGGAAUUGACAAGCAAAAAAUCCCUUCAAGUGCCAAGUAUUUAUUAUCAUUUGCCUCAUUUAUUGCAAAAUGAAGGAAGCCUUCAGCCUGCGGUGCAGAUCGGCAAUGGAAGAACAGGAGUUUCAAUAGUAAUGGGAAUUCCUACCGUGAAGAGAGAAGUUAAAUCUUACCUCAUAGAAACCCUUCAUUCCCUUAUUGAUAAUCUGUAUCCUGAAGAGAAGCUGGACUGCGUUAUAGUUGUCUUCAUAGGAGAGACAGAUCUUGAUUAUGUUCACAGCGUCAUAGCCAACCUGGAGAAAGAAUUUUCUAAAGAAAUUAGUUCUGGCCUGCUGGAAAUAAUCUCCCCUCCUGAAAGCUAUUACCCUGAUUUGACAAACCUGAAGGAGACAUUUGGAGACUCCAAAGAAAGAAUAGGAUGGAGAACCAAGCAAAACCUGGAUUAUUGCUUUCUAAUGAUGUAUGCUCAGGAGAAGGGCAUCUAUUAUAUUCAGCUUGAAGAUGAUAUUAUUGUCAAACAAAACUAUUUUAAUACCAUAAAAAAUUUUGCACUUCAACUCUCUUCUGAAGAAUGGAUGAUUCUAGAGUUUUCCCAGCUUGGAUUCAUUGGAAAGAUGUUUCAGGCGCCAGACCUUACUCUGAUUGUGGAGUUCAUCUUUAUGUUUUAUAAGGAGAAACCCAUUGAUUGGCUCUUGGACCACAUUCUCUGGGUGAAAGUCUGCAACCCUGAAAAAGAUGCUAAGCAUUGUGACAGACAGAAGGCAAAUCUACGAAUUCGCUUCCGACCGUCGCUCUUCCAGCAUGUGGGUCUACAUUCGUCACUGUCGGGGAAAAUCCAGAAACUCACGGAUAAAGAUUACAUGAAACCAUUGGUUCUCAAGAUCCACGUGAACCCGCCCGCAGAGGUCUCCACCUCCCUGAAGGUUUACCAAGGACACACACUGGAGAAGACCUACAUGGGUGAGGACUUCUUCUGGGCCAUCACCCCCACAGCUGGAGACUACAUCUUGUUUAAAUUCGACAAGCCAGUCAAUGUAGAAAGUUAUUUGUUCCAUAGUGGCAAUCAAGAACACCCAGGAGACAUCCUGCUGAACACCACUGUGGAGGUUCUGCCUCUUAAGAGUGACAGUUUGGAAAUCAGCAAAGAAACCAAAGACAAACGAUUAGAAGAUGGCUAUUUCAGAAUAGGAAAAUUUGAGUAUGGUGUUGCAGAGGGAAUCGUGGACCCUGCUCUCAACCCCAUUUCAGCCUUCCGACUUUCAGUUAUUCAGAAUUCUGCUGUCUGGGCCAUUCUUAAUGAGAUUCAUAUAAAAAAAGCCACCAAUUGAUCUUCUAAGAAACCGACACCACAUCCUUUCUUCCUGUGACUCUGUCAAUUAAAGAUAGUUAGUGUGUCCCUUUCUGUCUGGACUUGAACACUACCUCUCGUGAAGCCUACUGUAGAUAAGAUGAUUGUCAUUCCCACCCAGACAGGGGCUCUUCCCAUGGAUGACUGCAUUCAUUUGAAACUAAGCUGUCCUCCAAUUUGAACUUGACACAGACGUUUUACAAUUCUGACAGCCUGGUAAUACGACUGGGACUAUUUUGGUAUUAUACUAAUACAUAAGAGUUGUACAUAUUGUUACAUUCCUUAAAAUUUGAGAAAAACUAAUGUUAAAUACAUUUUGUGAAGGGGGUACUUUUGAAGUUCAUUUAUUUUACUAUUAUAGACCCUCUUUUAUAGACGAUCAGGGAUUAUAUAUAUAAAUAUAUAAAUAUAUAAAUACACAUACAGAUGUUAUGGAGUUAAUUUAUUAGAAACACUUAAGAAGUACAUAUUUUUGUGCAGUAAAUUUUUGAAUCAAUAUCUUUUUUUGAAGAAGCAGUUCCCUGGCUUUUUUAAGUUCUUUCUAUAUUUUUCUUUGGAGAUGCAGACAUUACAGAUCAAUGCCAUUUUUUUUUUUUUUUUUUCCAGUGCACUGCCAUUCCAGAUUGGUUCUAGAUGGGUUUCUUAACUUGAAGUACUUUUAUAAUCACAGCAAUUCUGAACAAAAUAUUUUCAGAGGCAUUUGUCAUUCUUUAAAGCCAAGAGUACUGUGUAUGGUGUGUAGCCACAGAAAACCAAUGUGGUCUUCAAUGUCCAGGUGGGAGGCCCCUGUCCAAGUCUCCACAUACAGAGUCCUUGAGGUUUCCCCUGGUGUGGGUGAUGAGACCCCUUCCCUUGUUAAUCUGUCUUUAAUCACUAGUUAGACACAUCUGUUCUCACUGGUCCUUUUAUACCCAUGUUAGAUUUUAAAGUUCAGACAAUGUUUUCUAGGUAAUGCUGUUGUGUGAAUCAAAUAAUGGGUAUGAUUUUAAAGCCAAAACUGUAAUGUGGGGCUCCAGUCAAAGAUAAUUGUAGUGCUUGUAUGUUUCCACAGAAUGAUUUGCUAUGCUGUAUCAUCAACUUGGAAGUAAAUGCUGUGUCCACAGAGUA